ACUACAGUCGACCAUUGUAAGUGUCUUAAGGAACAUCAAUAAAGCGGAUUUAAAAAAAAAGUGGUUUUAAGUUUUUAAAAAUAUACAAAAAAAGAAAAUUAAACAAAAAUGAAAUCUAUAACGGCUUUAGUGAUCAUUGGCAUUUUAAUUGUUUCCGCUGCAGCGGAUGUUCGUUAUCGCGGCAAUGCUGUACAUUCAGAUCAUCCCGGUCAGUGUUAUUAUGAAGAAUUAAAACAAGCCAUACCCAAAAAUCAAUCUUUCUCCCCUGUAAAUUUGGAAGAUCAUUGUGAGCGCAUAUUUUGCCGUUCGGAUUAUGUGCUGGUCAUGGAAUAUUGUGGUCGCCACAAUUUAAGUCCCAAUGCAACUUGUGCCAUUCGCAGUGAUAUACGUCGUCCUUAUCCCGGAUGUUGUCCCACCUUGGUGUGUGAAAAUGAAAGUAAUUUUAUAUAAAACAAAAAUAA